CUAAUUCACGUAUGUACAACAUCCAUACUUGUAAUGGUUUACAACUGAUACCUUUGCUGUUCGUCUGAACACAGCCGGAUUUCCGUAUCUUAUACUCGCGUCUUAAGCGUGGCCCCUCUCAGGCUAUCGGUUUUUCACCAGACAACAAUAGACCAUAGAGUUGUCAGCACUGUCUGUAGCUAUGUGCUUUAUUAAUUUUUGCCAUAACACGGUAGAUUUCGAGAUUUCUUCUUAUUGUCUUAUGCUCCCAUUUUUGUACAUUCCCUUUGUAAGUUAUGCCUCCUAGAAAACGUUCUGCCGUUGUGAAUGACCGUCCUAAACGGGCCAAACGAACAAAGAAAACCAGCCCAUCCGAGAUAAGUGAAGUAACACCUCCACUUCCAGCUUUGAGUUCCACAGCUAGCCAUUCCCGGAAUGUCAAGAACAGCUCCUUGGAUGUCGGCGCUCUAUCAAGCACCAUUUCUGCCGCCGUUUCCGAAGCCCUUCAGGCUGCAUUUCAUGGGGAUAACAUAGCUGCCAUUUUAAAGAACAGUGUUCCUGACAGCUCCAAUCCUGUCUCCCCUUCCGUGGACGACGAAGUGCGCACCAUCAGCGGGAACAAUAGUUUCUCAGGUAUCAGGGGCGUUCCUGCUAAAGCGGCUUUGGGUGAACCACAACCCCAGCAGAUUUUUACUAGUAUUGCGGUGGGUCUUCCCGCCCGGGUUAGUGCUAAACUUAAAGCCAAAAUAUGGGCAAACGAAUAUGUAGACUUUGGGGCAUUGCUUUUUUCCUCCCCUCAAAAUGAAGGCAAAUAUUCGUUAUCUAUGACGCCUUCUGCUGGGCCGCAACGCUCGCCACAGUUCACGCUCGAGCCCUCACAAUCCAACAAAAGGAUUACUUCGAUACAUCAAUGGGCUUCGGCAUUUAAUAUUUUUGUCUCAGUCUAUGCGGAGCGCUUCUCUAGCGAAACUCCAAGUUUAAUGAAGUAUUGCGAAGUUGUACGAGAUUUGGCCUAUAAAUCAGGCGAUUGGUUUUGGUAUGACGAACAAUUUCGUUAUAUCAGACAAUCGAACCCAGCACUUUACCCAUGGGACCAAAUACACUGGGAAUUAUGGCUAAGAGCUGCCAAUAGUUUUCGUAGGCCACAGUCGCUCACAAACAAAUUUCAGACUCAAACUCGUCAACGCUUUCGACCUCCCCCU